AUGCCUUGUCCUGCUGGACAAUACUCUGAAAAAGGAUCCACGUCUUGUGUAGAUUGUCCAGCUGGGACAUUUUCCAAAGGGAACUCUUCAGUGUGUACAAGAUGUCAAGAAGGAUAUGCGUCUGAAGUUGGGUCGAGCUCAUGCUGCAAAGUGAUUGUGCGAAACAACACUGUGGAAAAAUCUGUGUACCUCAAUGUGACAGUUGAAGUGCCAAAGUUCAUUAAAGUCAAAGAACAAGUGCCAAUAGAGGUUCAGAAAAAAGUCUAUGUGGAUGAGGAAAGUGGCAAGAAAUAUGGGGAGGACCGGAUAGUUUAUUUGAAUCGCACUGUUGAAGUGCCAGUGAUUGUGGAAAAAUUGUAUACAUUGAUCGUCCUAUUGAAAAAAUUGUGUACGUGUACAAAACUCCAGUGGAUCAAAAGAAUCAAAGCAAGGAAAAUCAUGACAACGAAGACGACAAAUCACAUGGCGAAGACUCACAAGCUGACGAUGAAGAAAAUGGAGGCGAUCAAGAAGAUGAAGAAGAUGACGAGGAUGGUUGUGUACGUCAACAAUACAAUUUACAAGGAUCGAAUAAUUGAUGUUCCAAGAAAUGUGUACAUCAACCGGACGGUGGAGGUGCCAACGCUGGUGUACGUGAACCGGACGGUGGAGGUGCCGACGGUCGUAUACGUCAACCGGACGAUCCGAGAGCCGUACGAGGUGUACAUCAACCGGACGGUGGAGAAGGAGGUUGUGGUGUACAUCAACCGGACGGUGGAGGUACCGAAGGAGGUAUUCGUGAACCGCAGCGUAGACAAGGUUGUAUACGUGAACAACACGAUCUACGUGCCGACGGAAGUGUACAUCAACCGGACGGUGGAGGUGACCAAGGUAGUGUACGUGAACCAGACGGUGGAGGUACCGACGGUCGUAUACGUCAACCGGACGAUCCGAGAGCCGUACGAGGUGUACAUCAACCGGACGAUCAUGGAGCCUUGCGAGACCAAGACGGUGUAUGUCAACAACACGGUGUACGUGCCGACGGAAGUGUACAUCAACCGGACGGUGGAGGUGCCAACGCUGGUGUACGUGAACCGGACGGUGGUUGUUCCUGUUGAAGUGUACAUCAACCGGACGAUCCGAGAGCCGUACGAGGUGUACAUCAACCGGACGGUGGAGGUCCCUGUAGAGGUGUACAUCAACCGGACGGUGGAGGUGCCUGUGGAGGUGUACAUCAACAACACAGUGUACGUACCCAAGGAGGUGUACAUCAACAGGACGGUGGAGGUGCCUGUGGAGGUGUACAUCAACAACACAGUGUACGUACCCAAGGAGGUGUACAUCAACAGGACGAUCAUGAAGCCUUGCGAGACCAAGACGGUGUAUGUCAACAACACGGUGUACGUGCCGACGGAAGUGUACAUCAACCGGACGGUGGAGGUGCCAACGCUGGUGUACGUGAACCGGACGGUGGAGGUGCCGACGGUCGUAUACGUCAACCGGACGAUCCGAGAGCCGUACGAGGUGUACAUCAACCGGACGGUGGAGAAGGAGGUUGUGGUGUACAUCAACCGGACGGUGGAGGUACCGAAGGAGGUAUUCGUGAACCGCAGCGUAGACAAGGUUGUAUACGUGAACAACACGAUCUACGUGCCGACGGAAGUGUACAUCAACCGGACGGUGGAGGUGACCAAGGUAGUGUACGUGAACCAGACGACGGUGUAUGUCAACAACACGGUGUACGUACCGACGGAAGUGUACAUCAACCGGACGGUGGAGGUGCCAACGCUGGUGUACGUGAACCGGACGGUGGUUGUUCCUGUUGAAGUGUACAUCAACCGGACGAUCCGAGAGCCGUACGAGGUGUACAUCAACCGGACGGUGGAGGUCCCUGUAGAGGUGUACAUCAACCGGACGGUGGAGGUGCCUGUAGAGGUGUACAUCAACAGGACGAUCAUGAAGCCUUGCGAGACCAAGUACGAGUGUGUGACGGGCGUGUUUUGUACUGGGUGGGGACGAUCGGAUCAGACGGUGUAUGUCAACAACACGGUGUACGUACCGACGGAAGUGUACAUCAACCGGACGGUGGAGGUGCCAACGCUGGUGUACGUGAACCGGACGGUGGUUGUUCCUGUUGAAGUGUACAUCAACCGGACGAUCCGAGAGCCGUACGAGGUGUACAUCAACCGGACGGUGGAGGUCCCUGUAGAGGUGUACAUCAACCGGACGGUGGAGGUGCCUGUGGAGGUGUACAUCAACAACACAGUGUACGUACCCAAGGAGGUGUACAUCAACAGGACGAUCAUGGAGCCUUGCGAGACCAAGACUCAAGGGAACUCGUCGUCGGCAUCGCCUUCUUCCACUGGAUCUUCACCGUCAUCCCCAUCCCCCAACCUGGGCAACUACAAAGUUGAGAUGUCGGUCGGUCUUCCCCUCUCUGUCGCGCAGUUCGACGAGACGAGGAGGACGGCUUUCAGGAUCUCUGUGGCUACAGUGGCGUCGGUCGACGUGUCGCUGGUGCAGAUCGACAGCGUGCAGGCAGCUCGAAGAGGCGGGUCAGGCAUCAACGUCAAGUUUGGCGUGUACGAUAGCAACGAGAAGAGCGCAGCAGGCGUGGCGGGCAAGCUGAGGAUGAACAACCUCAACGACGAGUUUCAGAAGCGAGGACUGCCGCUGGGAGUGCAGAACUCAGACGCUACUGUCUCGAACCUGGCGGCCUCAUCCCCUGUCUCUUCUUUCUCCCUUCCUUUCCAGGCCACCAUCGCUCUCUACGCCUUGGCCGGCGUCUUGGUCUGUGGCAUCCUGACGUACGCCAUCAGCUGGAUGCGUUCCUGCAGGAAGAAGCAGAAAGUGCGCCCCAGACUCUCAAUCAUUCAGAUCGGCUCCGACCAGGUGGAGCCUUUCGAUGGGCGGGGCCUUCGGCUCGCCUUCAACCGCGCGUCCUCGAGCAGCAGCUUGCGAACGGGGCAGGUGCAGCGACGAAGGUCUGGGUCGGUCUCAGCGAUCGAGAUCGGAACAGACUUCGUGCGAGUGUGGAACCCUGAGAGAGGACGAGAGGCGCCUCCAGCUCCGUCACAGCUGGAGAUACAGAACCUGGACAAUUAA